AUGUCGUUUGAGGGCGCCCGCCUGAGCAUGCGGAACCGCAGGAAUGGGACCAUGGACAGCACCCGUACCCUCUACUCCAGCACUUCUCGCAGCACGGAGGUGUCCUACAGUGACAGCGACUUGGUGAAUUUUAUUCAAGCAAAUUUCAAGAAACGUGAAUGUGUCUUCUUUACCAAAGAUUCCAAGGCCAUGGAAAACGUGUGCAAAUGUGGCUACUCCCAGAGCCAGCACAUUGAAGGCACCCAGAUCAACCACAGCGACAAGUGGAAUUACAAGAAACACACCAAGGAGUUUCCUACCGACGCCUUUGGGGACAUCCAGUUUGAGAGUCUGGGGAAGAAAGGAAAGUAUAUCCGUCUGUCUUGUGACACGGAUGCGGAAACCCUCUAUGAGCUGCUAACCCAGCAUUGGCACCUGAAAACACCUAAUCUGGUCAUCUCGGUCACGGGGGGUGCCAAAAACUUCUCUCUGAAGCCUCGGAUGCGCAAGAUCUUCAGUCGCCUCAUCUACAUCGCUCAGUCCAAAGGUGCAUGGAUUCUCACUGGGGGGACCCACUAUGGACUGAUGAAGAACAUUGGAGAGGUGGUGAGGGACAACACGAUCAGCAGGAGCUCUGAGGAGAACAUUGUGGCCAUCGGCAUAGCAGCAUGGGGCAUGGUCUCCAACAGGGAGAGUCUGAUUCGAACCUGUGAUGAUGAGGGUUAUUUUUCAGCUCAGUACAUCGUGGAUGAAUUUAAGCGAGACCCUCUAUACAUUCUGGACAACAAUCACACCCACCUACUGCUGGUGGACAACGGCUGCCAUGGACACCCCACUGUGGAGGCCAAACUCAGGAACCAGCUUGAGAAGUACAUCUCAGAGCGCACAAUUCAAGAAUCCAACUAUGGAGGCAAGAUCCCUAUUGUGUGCUUUGCCCAAGGAGGUGGAAAAGAGACUUUGAAAGCCAUUCACACCUCUGUCAAGAGUAAAAUUCCCUGCGUGGUGGUAGAAGGCUCUGGCCAGGUUGCAGAUGUGAUUGCCAGCCUGGUGGAGAUGGAGGACAUCCUGACAUCGUCCAUCGUCAAGGAGAAGUUGGUGCGCUUUCUGCCCCGCACGGUGUCCCGGCAGCCUGAGGAAGAGACAGAGAACUGGAUCAGAUGGCUUAAAGAGAUUCUCGAGAGUGCUCACCUAUUAACAGUCAUUAAAAUGGAAGAAGCUGGGGAUGAAAUUGUGAGCAACGCCAUUUCCUAUGCCCUAUACAAAGCCUUUAGUACCAAUGAGCAGGACAAGGAUAACUGGGAUGGACAGCUGAAGCUUCUGUUGGAGUGGAACCAGCUAGACCUGGCCAAUGAUGAGAUCUUCACCAAUGAACGUCGCUGGGAGUCGGCGGACCUGCAGGAAGUCAUGUUCAUGGCGCUCAUCAAAGACAGGCCCAAGUUUGUCCGCCUCUUCCUGGAGAACGGCUUGAACCUGCGCAAGUUUCUCACCAAUGACGUCCUCACUGAGCUCUUCUCCAACCACUUCAGCACUCUGGUGUAUCGGAACCUGCAGAUUGCCAAGAAUUCCUACAAUGAUGCCCUUCUCACUUUCGUCUGGAAGCUGGUGGCCAACUUCCGAAGAGGCUUCCGGAAGGAAGACAGAAGUAGUCGGGAGGAUCUCGACAUCGAAUUUCAUGACGUGUCACCCAUAACUCGUCACCCGCUGCAAGCACUUUUCAUCUGGGCCAUCCUGCAGAAUAAGAAGGAGCUGUCCAAGGUUAUCUGGGAGCAGACCAAAGGUUGCACUCUGGCAGCCUUGGGUGCCAGUAAGCUUUUGAAGACUCUGGCCAAGGUCAAGAAUGACAUCAACGCUGCUGGAGAGUCAGAGGAGCUGGCAAAUGAGUAUGAGACCCGAGCUGUGGAGUUGUUCACUGAGUGUUACAGCAACGACGAGGACUUGGCUGAGCAACUUCUGAUAUAUUCCUGUGAAGCUUGGGGUGGGAGCAACUGUCUGGAGCUGGCAGUGGAGGCAACCGACCAGCACUUCAUUGCCCAGCCUGGGGUCCAGAAUUUCCUUUCCAAACAAUGGUAUGGAGAGAUUUCCCGAGACACCAAGAACUGGAAGAUCAUCCUGUGCCUGUUCAUCAUACCUUUGGUUGGCUGUGGCUUCGUGUCAUUUAGGAAGAAGCCCAUUGACAAGCACAAGAAGCUGCUGUGGUACUACGUGGCCUUCUUCACUUCGCCCUUUGUGGUCUUCUCGUGGAACGUGGUCUUCUACAUCGCCUUCCUCCUGCUCUUCGCCUACGUGUUGCUCAUGGACUUCCACUCUGUGCCACACCCACCCGAGCUCGUCCUCUAUGUGCUGGUUUUUGUCCUGUUCUGUGAUGAAGUGAGGCAGUGGUACAUGAACGGCGUGAAUUACUUCACUGACCUGUGGAAUGUUAUGGACACACUGGGCCUCUUCUACUUCAUUGCUGGUAUUGUCUUCCGGCUCCACCCUUCUGACAAGACCUCUUUGUACUCGGGUCGUGUCAUUUUCUGCCUGGAUUACAUCAUAUUCACUCUCCGCUUGAUUCACAUCUUCACCGUCAGCAGGAAUUUAGGACCAAAAAUUAUCAUGCUGCAGCGGAUGCUGAUUGACGUGUUCUUCUUCCUGUUCCUCUUCGCCGUGUGGAUGGUGGCAUUUGGUGUGGCCCGUCAAGGCAUCUUACGGCAGAACGAGCAGCGCUGGCGCUGGAUCUUCCGCUCUGUCAUCUACGAGCCCUACCUGGCCAUGUUCGGUCAGGUGCCCAGUGACGUGGACAGUACCACAUAUGACUUUUCUCACUGUACCUUCACUGGGAAUGAGUCCAAGCCUCUGUGUGUGGAGCUAGAUGAACACAACCUGCCUAGAUUCCCCGAGUGGAUCACCAUUCCCCUGGUCUGCAUCUACAUGCUGUCCACUAACAUCCUGCUUGUCAACCUGCUGGUCGCCAUGUUUGGCUACACUGUGGGCAUCGUGCAGGAAAACAACGACCAGGUGUGGAAAUUCCAGCGUUACUUCCUGGUACAGGAGUAUUGCAACCGCCUCAACAUCCCCUUCCCCUUCGUGGUCUUCGCCUACUUCUACAUGGUGGUGAAGAAAUGCUUCGACUGCUGCUGCCAGAAGAAUGACAACGAAUCCUCAGCCUGCUGUUUCAGAAAUGAAGACAAGGAGACUCUGGCAUGGGAAGGCGUCAUGAAGGAGAAUUAUCUUGUCAAGAUUAACACAAAAGCCCAUGACACAUCAGAAGAGAUGAGGCAUCGGUUCAGACAGCUGGAUACCAAGAUUAAUGACCUCAAGGGACUUCUGAAAGAGAUUGCCAGUAAAAUAAAAUAAAACUGUGGACUUAGAUAGAAGAAAAUCUAAUGAUAGCAGGUAUCAUCAGCCCUGAGAAAGGACGGGAUUUCCAGAAUGCCCUGAGCCAUGCGAAAUGGGAAUAGCUCCAGUCAUGGGUACACCGACACUAAUUUUGCACCAAUGGACAAUGAUAUAAGUGAUGGAAU